CCUGCCUACAAUGCAUUCGCGAAGUGCCGAAUUGGGUCAUCUUAUUACUCCGCUGUACUUUGCGUCCUGCUUCGUGCGGGUGGGGGUGCCGGAUGACGACAAAGAGUUUAAUAAUGCUGAGAAAGUAUUGACGAAAAUUGCGUCUCGGGCAACGGCUAUGAUGAAUCUAUGAACCAUGACGAUUAUGAAGCUCCUCAUAACCAGAUGCACGUACCUCGACAACAGAGAUGCGAAGGUCAAAACUGCUCUGCAUUGGGUUGUACAUGGUGGUUGUGUUGAUGUUCAGGAGCUGCUCAGGAAUGGAGCGAGUGUGAAGGUGAGGAAUAAGAAAAGACGGAUGCCAUUGCCUGCUGCGGUUAUGGGAGAUAUGAUUGAUGAUAUGAAGAAAAAGGAAGCAAUUGUGAAGAUGCUGUUGAAGUAUGGGGUGGACCCUAAGACGAAGGAUGGGAAGGGCAAAGCACUUUUGCAAAGGAUGUCAUUGGGAGGCCUGGGUGGGAUUGGGAGAGUGUUUGCGGAAGCCAAAGGCUAGGGCUUAAUUUCCUCGGCACGCUCUGUUCCAUCAUUUCAUUUGGAUGUUGAAAUUGAGGAUACAGACCCACUUGGGCGUAAAGCAAUCUUCUCAGUCAGGCGAUGAUAAUACAUGAUAUUCAAUGUGCUCCCAUUACGGCUUGGGGAGAUUGUGCGUUACGCCACCGUAUGCUUCGAGUGAGCCACAGGCCAAGUUCAGGGGAACAAUCACACA